UCUGGAAAAUCUUAAAAAUUCGAUUCAGUUUCACUUUAAUUAAUCAAUUUAUCAUUAUUUAAUUUCGUUCAAAAAUAUUUUCACCAUUAUUAUUCAAUGAACCUCUCUCUCUCCAACUCUCCCCAGCUUAACAUUGUUCCCUUCUUCACCGAAAACAAAUCUUUCUUAGUCUCUCUCUCCAAUAUAUUUGCUUUGUUGUGCUUCGCUGGUUUUCUUCUGGGUCAAUCCAUCUCUCUUUUAUUUCUUUUUUUGGUGUUUUUAUUAUAUUAUUUUUAACAGAGAAACAGUGAAUUUGGUGUUGUUUGUCUUCUUCCUUCUGAUAAAGACUUCACGCUUGGAGAGAGCAUGAUUAGGGUGCUGUUCUAGUUUUUUAAACUAACCCCAUUUUCGGAGUUUGAGCUCCUUUCCAUCUUUUGAGAGCCAUGCUUGUCUCUCAGAUUUUAGAGCUUUUCUAUUCUUUAUUCUGAUUUUGAGAAAGAGGGUCAUUAGGAAUAGGUCUAUACUAUAGAUAGCUUGAGCAAGAAACUGAGAUUUAUAUUUAUACUUGGUUUAUCUUGCUGUUUCUGUGCUUUUUUUUUUUUUUAAAUAAAAAUCUUUACCUCUUGGUUCUUCAUUCACGCCAAACUAUGCUGCAAUCAUAUUUUUCCAUGGACUGAAAAAGUUUAUCUGAUAAUUUCCCGGUACUUGAAACAUAAUUGUUUAAUUUUUUAAAUUUUUUAUGCAUUUUCUUGGUUAUGGAGUGGGUUUGUAACAAGAAGUAGAGGAGAUUUUCUGUUGUUGUGGGUUGUGUUGAGAUGGGUCUAAAGAUGCUGCAGCACCAUAUCCAGAACCACUCACUGGUUAAGAACCAUUCGGUUGCUCUGAGAGUGAAUGACCAAACGGGGACUAAAAAAGGAUACACAUUUAUUCAGGCCAACAGGGGUUGGCUUCCUAAGUUUUUUAUGCUGUGGGUUUUGAUGGUGGCCUUUUUUAGCAUGUUCCUCUUCCAAGGUAUGGAUGCCGAAAACAAGGUCAGGAGGAAAGAUGUUUUGAUUAGUAUGUGUGAUCAGAGGGCUAGAAUGCUGCAAGAUCAGUUCAGUGUUAGCGUUAACCAUGUCCAUGCCCUUGCCAUUCUUGUUUCUACCUUCCAUUAUAUGAAGAAUCCUUCUGCAAUCGAUCAGGAAACGUUUGCGGAGUACACUGCUAGAACGGCUUUUGAGCGGCCCUUGAUGAGUGGAGUUGCCUAUGCACAACGAGUGCUUGAUUCAGAGAGGGACAAAUUUGAAAGAGAGAAUGGGUGGACCAUAAAGACAAUGGAUACAGAACCUUCACCUGUGCGGGAUGAGUAUGCACCGGUGAUAUUCUCUCAAGAAACUAUUUCCUAUAUUGGAUCACUUGACAUGAUGUCUGGGGAGGAGGACAGGGAGAACAUUUUAAGGGCUAGGGCUACCGGGAAGGCAGUUCUAACAAGACCCUUCAGGUUGCUAGGUUCUCAUCAUCUUGGUGUUGUGUUGACAAUUCCAGUUUAUAAGUCCAAGCUACCACCAAAUCCAACUGUAGCAGAGCGCAUUGAAGCAACUGGAGGAUACCUCGGGGGAGCCUUCGAUGUUGAGUCCCUUGUGGAGAAGUUACUUGGGCAGCUUGCUGGUAAUCAAGCAAUAUUGGUUAAUGUGUAUGAUAUCACCAACUCUUCAGAGCCCUUAAUCAUGUAUGGUCACCAAAAUCAAGAUGGUGACAUGUCUCUUGUGCAAGAGAGCCAGCUUGAUUUUGGAGAUCCAUUCAGAAAGCAUGAUAUGAAAUGCAGAUAUCUCCAAAAGGCACCUAUACCGUGGACUGCGCUCACCACUGCUUUCUUAUUCUUCGUGAUUGGUUUAUUAGUAGGGUAUAUCUUAUAUGGUGCAGCCAUUCACAUUGUUAAAGUUGAGGAUGAUUUCCAUGAAAUGCAGGAAUUGAAAGUCCGAGCAGAAGCAGCUGAUGUUGCCAAAUCACAGUUUCUAGCAACUGUUUCUCACGAAAUUAGAACGCCCAUGAAUGGUAUCCUUGGAAUGCUUGCUUUGCUUCUAAGUACAGAUUUAAGUACUACACAAAAAGACUAUGCUCAAACUGCUCAAGAUUGUGGAAAGGCACUGAUUGCAUUAAUAAAUGAGGUGCUUGACCGUGCAAAAGUUGAAGCUCGCAAGUUAGAGCUGGAGGCUGUCCCAUUCCACGUGAGAUCAAUACUGGAUGAGGUCCUGUCUUUAUUUUCUGAGAAGUCUAGAAAUAAAGGAAUUGAGCUGGCAGUGUUUGUUUCUGACAAAGUUCCAGAAUUUGUUAUAGGGGAUCCGGGCAGAUUCAGACAGAUCAUCACAAAUCUUGUGGGCAACUCUGUAAAAUUCACUGAGCGGGGGCAUAUAUUUGUCAAAGUCCAUCUAGCUGGACAGUCAAAUGGCAAUACAAAUGUGAGAGAUGAAACUUUCUUGAAUGGAGGAUCAGAAGAAGGUGCCAAAUUUGGUAUGGACCAGUAUAGAACCUUGAGUGGUUUUCAAGCAGCUGAUGAACGGAAUUGUUGGGAUACAUUUAGGCAUUUAGCUGAUGAUGAAAAUUUGCAGUCUAAUGUGUCAGUUAUAGACAUGAUGACAGCUAAUGAUGCCUCAGAGGAUGUCACUUUGAUGGUAUGUGUGGAGGAUACGGGAAUCGGGAUACCUUUUUCUGCCCAGGACAGGGUGUUCACACCCUUCAUGCAAGCAGACAGCUCAACCUCUAGACAUUAUGGGGGAACUGGAAUAGGCUUAAGCAUCAGUAAGUGUCUGGUUGAGCUGAUGCAUGGUCAGAUAAGCUUUGUAAGUCACCCUAAGAUUGGGAGCACAUUUACAUUUACUGCUGUUUUUGGGAGGUAUAAGAAAAAGGCAUCCCUUGAUGGUAGCAAGUCUAAAUCUGAGGAGCUACCUUUGGCUUUUGGAGGUCUGAAAGCAGUUGUAGUUGAUGAAAAACCAGUCAGAGCUGCUGUCACCCGAUAUCAUUUGAAGAGACUUGGCAUUGUGUCUGAAGUUGCUUCCAGCAUCAUUUCGGUGGUUAACAUGUCUGGAAAAAAUGGUUCUACAUUAUCCGGAAACAAUAUCCAGGCUGACAUGAUUCUUGUAGAGAAGGAUUAUUGGAUUUCUGGUGAGGAUUGUUCUGCUAAGGGACAGCUCUUGGAUUUGUGGAAAAAUGGUCAUGUCUUAAAGUUGCCUAGGCUGAUUCUUCUCGCAACCAAUAUUAGUGAUGAUGAAUUUGAAAAAGCAAAGGCAGCAGGCUUCUCAGAUACUGUCAUCAUGAAACCUUUAAGAGCAAGUAUGAUUGCAGCUUGUCUUCAACAGGUACUCAGUGUGGGGAUGAAGCAAGCUGGAAAAGAUGCACCAAAUGAAUCUAGAGUCCCUAUUAAGAGCUUGCUCUGUGGCAAGAAAAUUUUGGUGGUUGAUGACAACAUGGUAAAUCGCAGAGUUGCUGCUGGCGCACUGAAGAAGUUUGGAGCCAAUGUAGAGUGCGCUGGUAGCGGUGCAACUGCACUGAAGUUGCUUCAAAUACCACACAGUUUUGAUGCUUGUUUCAUGGAUAUUCAAAUGCCAGAAAUGGAUGGGUUUGAGGCAACUCGUCGAAUUCGGAAGAUGGAGAGCCAAGUAAAUGAGCAGCAGAUCGUAAACGGUGGAUCAACCAUUGAUGGAGCUGCCAAAAAAUCCGAGUGGCACAUGCCAAUAUUAGCCAUGACAGCUGAUGUUAUUCAUGCUACAUAUGAAGAGUGCCUGAAAUGUGGAAUGGAUGGAUAUGUCUCAAAGCCCUUCGAGGAAGAAAACCUCUAUCAAGCAGUUGCCAAAUUCUUCCAAUCACCCAAACCUGUCUCCGACUCCUGAAAGAACUCUCCAAGCCAACUGAAAAUCAUUACUGGCUCUACAUCACCAGCAAUUUUUGACAUUCAGGUGUGUAGUUCAGGUAAUCAACCGACACGCGACACCAGAUUUUCGGCAGUUGAUUUUCUUGGAGUUAAGAGGUUUCUUGACCAAAAAUACUAAACUUGAGGUUCUGCCAGUCAUUUUCUAACCAAAUUCUAUUAACCUUUUAUUAGGGUCUUGGUACAUGUAUAUUACAAAAGUACUACAAACCCUGCAUCUCCAAAUUGUAUGUACAGAUGGUUAGUAGUGGUGGGAGUCAAAAGGUGUAAAUCUAUAGUAUUUUUUAAAUGGCUUUUUUUUGGAGAUGAUGGGAUUAUUAAUACUUGGAUUUGUAUAAUUGUUUGUUGUAAUUUUUGGUCAUUAGACGUUUUAAAAUUAAUCAAUCAGUUGCUAGAGUGAAA